AUGGCGAAAGCAUCUGCGGUACAAGAAAUCCAAGAUGGCGCCGAUGGGCCUGAGCAUGAAAGCCCCCCACAUGUGGUGGACUCGUCUGUGGAAAUGGACCCACUAACCUGCAGGCUUUUUCAGACAUCACUGGAUGCUCUCUCAGCUAAAUUCAUAGCUACUUGGCAAUCAGACAUGG